AUGUUCAUAAACCUGCAACAUCAAACACAACGAGAUUCUACCGAUGAUGAUGAAAUCGUUUGCUUAGGUGCAUCGUUCUUCAUGAAUGACAAUUACCAGCUGACGGGAUUCACAUUUGGCUCUCAACAUAUUCGACUCUUCUGUCUGCAUUCUGCCUCCACUGUCAUUGAAUCAGGUUCUGGCAUUGGUAUUACUGGAAUACUUUGUCGCAAAUUCUGCAAUAGAGUUGUGUCAACAGACUAUAAUGAAGAGGUGCUUAAGAUCAUAAAUAAGAAUAUAGAGUUGCAUUUAUGUCCUGAAGAUGUUAGUCCUACCUCUCAUGGAUUGGUAGCAGAGAAACUAGAAUGGGGGAACACUGAUCAGGUCUAA